AUGGCUAUGGGAAAUUUCUCAUUACUUGCUGCUGCUGCAAGAAGGCUUGAAGGUAAAGUGGCCCUAAUCACUGGUGGGGCGAGCGGCAUAGGAGAGUCCACUGCAAGACUCUUCUCAAAACAUGGAGCUAAAGUUGUGAUUGCAGAUGUGCAAGACGACUUUGCUGAAUCUGUUUGCAGAGACCUAAGCCCUUCGUCCACUUCGUUUGUCCAUUGCGAUGUAACGAAAGAAGAAGAUGUCGAAAACGCUGUCCAAACAGCCACAAACAAAUAUGGAGAGCUAGACAUCAUGUUCAACAAUGCAGGUAUAAUUGGCACAAAUAAACCCAACAUCCUUGACAAUGACAGGGUAGAAUUUGAGCAAGUGAUUAGGGUAAAUCUGGUUGGUGCGUUUUUGGGGAUCAAACAUGCAGCUCGCGUUAUGAUCCCAGCUGGAAAAGGUAGCAUAAUCAACACUGCUAGUGUUUGUUCUACCAUCGGGGGUUGCGCAUCACAUGCAUACACAAGUUCAAAGCAUGGUUUAGUAGGGCUGGUAAGAAACACAGCCGUGGAGCUUGGACAACACGGUAUUCGUGUGAAUUGUGUGUCACCGUAUGUAGUUCCCACGCCUUUAGCGAAGGAGUUCUUUAAGCUUGAUGAUGAUGGAGUUCAUGGUGCUUAUUCCAACCUUAAAGGUGGGGUUCUUAGGGCAGAAGAUAUUGCUGAAGCUGCUCUUUACUUGGGAAGUGAUGAGUCAAAGUAUGUUAGUGGGCAUAAUCUUUUGGUAGAUGGAGGCUACACAAUUGUGAACGCAGGGUUUUGCAUGUUUGAACAAGCUUGA